GCGUGGGUCCAGAUGGGCGGGGCUCGGGGGAUCGCGAGUUUUGGGUCGCGGACCGGGGAUCUGCGGCGGCCACGGCUACUGUGACCUCUGGUGGCGGCUGUGACCUUUCUCAGCUCCUUCUUGGCUCGCAGCCAUGGCGCAGAAACCGAUCCUGCUGCUGAUGCUGCUGCUCGGCCCAGCCCCGAUACGCAGCUCCAGCCCUCUGCCGCUGAUCGUCAACACUUGGCCUUUCAGGAAUGCAACCCAAGCAGCAUGGAGGACAUUAGCAUCUGGAGGUUCUGCGCUGGAUGCGGUUGAGAGUGGCUGUGCAGCAUGUGAGAGGGAGCAGUGUGAUGGCACCGUGGGCUUUGGGGGCAGUCCUGAUGAAUCUGGAGAGACCACGCUGGAUGCCAUGAUCAUGGACGGCACUGCUAUGAACGUAGGAGCAGUAGGAGAUCUUAGACGAAUUAAAAAUGCCAUUGGUGUGGCACGGAAAGUACUGGAACAUACCACACACACCCUAUUAGCAGGAGAGGCAGCCACCAAGUUUGCCGAAAGCAUGGGGUUUAUCAAUGAGGAUUUAUCCACCAAUGUUUCUCAGGCUCUCCAUGCAGACUGGCUUGCUCGGAACUGCCAACCAAAUUACUGGAGGAAUGUUAUACCAGAUGCCUCCAAAUACUGUGGACCCUACAAACCACCUAAUAUCUUAAAGCGAGAUGGUUCUACCUAUAAAGAAACAGGAGAUAGUUACGGUCAUGAUACUAUUGGCAUGGUUGUCAUCCAUAAGAUGGGAUAUACUGCUGCUGGUACAUCUACAAAUGGUAUAAAAUUCAAAAUACCUGGUCGAAUAGGAGACUCGCCAAUCCCUGGGUCUGGGGCCUAUGCCGACGACACCGCGGGAGCCGCUGCCGCCACUGGGGAUGGUGACAUUCUGAUGCGCUUUCUCCCAAGCUACCAAGCUGUAGAAUAUAUGAGAAGAGGAAAAGAUCCAACCACAGCAUGCCAGAAAGUUAUUUCAAGAAUCCAGAAGUAUUUUCCAAACUUCUUUGGAGCUGUUAUAUGUGCCAACGUGACUGGAAGUUAUGGUGCUGCUUGCAAUAAACUUUCAACAUUUACUCAGUUUCAUUUCAUGGUUUAUAAUUCUCUAAAAAGCGAGCCAACUGAGGAAAUAGUAGACUGCAUCUAAUCCAUCUUUGCUGUCAGUGUCUAUAUUUAAAGAAGAAAGAAACAGAGGCUGAAAAGGCUACUUACCAUCACUGGUGUAAUGUGCCUCAUGUAUCCUAGAGUCUUUGUGUAAAAUAAGCACAGAAAAAUAAAUUUUAUGCUGAAACAGCAUUUUCAUUUUCUAUA